ACUAACAACAGCUUCCAGUUUCAGUUUGUAACCUCGUAUAUUGUGCGGAACUCUUAAGAAAGACAACUACAAUAAUUGUUUAAAUAUUCACAUAAAACACACGAAUUGAUGCUUCCAAAGUGAGUCUCCCUCUCACACACCGCUAAAAUGGUCGAUUACGAAAGUACUGGCUUGAUGCCUCAAAUCCAAGCGUUGAUAGCACCGCCAGUGAGCAAUGAACGAGGCAGCGGCGGUCAUCCACGCACGAAAAACAAACAUCCGUAUUUUAAAAGACAUGGCAGAGGACACAAUCAUGAUCUUUGUGAUAGCUGUAAUGAAGGUGGUGAUCUGAUUUGCUGUGACAAAUGUCCCUCUAGCUUUCAUCUCACAUGCCAUGAUCCGCCAUUGGAUGAGGAUGAUAUUCCAGUUGGAGAAUGGUUGUGCCAUCGAUGUAGAAGCACCACAGCCAAGCGGAAAAGAAGCUGUGAUGAUGAUGACAAAGAAAAGGAAGCAAAAAAAGAAAAGGGGUGCAAAAGUAUGUUGGAUAUGUUGAUUGAGGCUGCCAGUCAGGCGAAUCCAACACAAUUUCAAUUGCCUGCACAAAUGUUGGAGCCUUGUAUCUUUCCAGGCACAGAUAAAGUGGAUUGUCAUAAAAAACAAUCCCACACAUCAACAACUUCAGCAGCACCCGAAAAAUGUGAUAAUCCCGCAACGGCGAAGUGCUACGUCUGUUCAAAAACCUGUCGGGCAGGUCUCCUCAUCGCGUGCGACUUCUGCUCGCUGUAUUUCCACUUGGAUUGCCUAGAUCCACCGCUGACUUCACCCCCGACCGAUCGCUGGAUGUGCCCGAAUCAUGUUCAACACUUUCUCGAUACGCAAUUACUCAAAAGCGCAUCGGCAACCGAACGCAACAAACUCUGGUCGGAAUUCGCCAACAAUCCGGUUGAUCAAGACGCGAUUAAACUGGAAUUCUUCCGCCGGAUACACCGGAAAAAUCCACCGUUUCGGUAUAAAGUCAAAUUGGGCAAAAGGCGGCGUGCGAAAGUGCCGGAUAUUGUCAAACAGCACUAUAAAUCUCCGAUUAGUUUACUACCGUCACUCAGAGACGUCUUACGAUUGAGUACGGUGCUUAGCAGAGAGGAAAAUGAAUAUAAACGUAAAUUUCUACAAGAUUACGAUAUAAACUAUGAACCGGUGCAGACAAAUAAUGAUAUACACGUUGUUGAUCAUGAUAAUCACGAUAUUAAAGUCGAAGAUGUUGAGGUGAAUGAAAAGAAUGAUUUGGAAGCUUGCAGCGAUGAUAAACAUGUAGAUAUGGAUGAGGAAACAAUCGCCGGGUUGAAAGCAGCUAAUAUUUUCAUGUUAAACGAUGAUUGCGCCAAGUUUCUUGACGAUGUUCUCAAACAAAACGAAGAACGGAUGAAAUCAGCGCGUGAACAACAGAAUCAAGUUGAACAUGUUGAAGAAAACGGCGAGAAAACAUCACAGACGCAGUCGCAAUCACGAUUGAGGAAAAUUAAACUCGAAAAACUUGAAAAUGAUAUAAAAAGCGAAGACAACGUUGCGAGGAAACAAAAUCUCGGGUUUAUUGACGUGCAUGAAGUUGAAAGAGAACUGCAGCAGUUGGACGAGCGUGUGCUGAAAUUACUAGCGCUGCAACGUAUUCAGCAGAUUUUACAGGCGCAAAGCGCGCAACAACCACCGCAGGACGUUAAUCCCAUCAUGAAUACUCUGCCGAGUCAACUGUUGACUCCAGCUGACAUUGAAAGAAUUGCUAGAGUGUUUGCGAGUCCCAAGAGAAAACAAAAACCGCAGUCGCAUUCGACAGCGUUCACGAUAAAUAGUCUGCGCGCACGCGCGAUGCUCUGUCCGGUUGUGUCGAAGUAUUUUUACAAUGUGCGGAACAGCGAGAUGACUGACUUGAGGCACGAUGCUAGUUUUAUGGGGUAUCGGCCUACUGUAUCAGCAAGGUUUCCGGAUGCUUUUUCCAUGCGUUAUCGGAGUUUAUCUAUAGGACGAGGUGCUUCCAAUCAUCUACAACUUGAUGCCUAUGGGCAUUGUAAUAAUGUCUCAGCGAAACAUGCUGUGAUUUUUUAUGAUGAGCAUACGAAACAAUACGAGUUACUAAACUACUCCAUGCACGGCACGUUUGUAAACAACAUCUACUUUUGCAAUUACAUCGCUGAUCGUCCAACCCCGCCGAAUACGAACCGCACCAAUGACUUGGAGAAGAAAGUGCGUGAGAUUGUCGAGAAGCGAAAACGUGCAAUGCGACGCGGAGCGACAUCUAACGGCACCGCUGCCAUUUUACACGAGAAAAUGAUCGCCGAAGCUGUUGAUUCUUCGGUGGAUAAAGAAUGUUCUUGUGUUAAUCCUAUGUCGAAUGUGUCGUCACUGCCGCGACAUGUACAGGACACGCCUGGCACGCCGCUGCCCCCACAGACGAAUGCGAAUGGUGUUGAUUCGAGUACCUGCGGCUGGGAAGGACCUGCUGUGCUGCAUCAUGGCUCCCUGCUGCGAUUCGGAUGCAUUUCGUUUGUGUUCUCCAUUGUGGAAUGUGCCAGCGUUUAAAUAUGAACUAAUCUCUGCUAUCUUUAAUCAUUCGGUGUACAUAUAUAAGUAAUUGUAUCUCUAAUUUAAUUUAUAAUAGUCACUUUGAAUUA